CAAUUAUUACCCAAACAGGUACAUGCAUCUCACCAGCUGAAGUACUCUACAUAUCACGCGGGCGCUCCAAUUCCUUCUCCCGAUGUCUUUUAACAUCGAUUGCCCGAAGACCUUGGGUCUAGGCUGAGACUCAUUCGGCUGCACCGAGCACUUUGCGUGCAUGCCGUCGCUCUUAUGUCGAACCUUCCACAAGCAUGAGAAUCAAACGCGCGCCGUAAGACGAUAGAUAGAUUCAGAAUCGCUAUGAUGACGUGUGUGCGAACAGUGAUAAAAGCACUGGUUGGAAUCAUUGAACCGAGCAAUGACAUGGACCCUAGAGACAAGCGACCAUUACCAGUCCUAACCCCAACGUCGAAUCGAUUCCCAGCACCGUUGACACCGUUUCGCGAUACAUAAUUCAUCAUCGGCCAUAUUUACCUACAAAAUGCGCGAAAUAAAACCGAUCGAUGAACCCAACAAGCACGGUGAGCGGUUAGCCAAUAGCAGUCCGCGGCAGUUGAAGCAAGGUCCUCAAUCCCCUGAAUUGUCCCUUUCUUCGCGACGGGCCGCCGACGUCAUCACGCGCGCACGGGGAACACCCAAACUUGGACAUGCACCACUACGUAUGCUACGAUGCGAUAGGGAGCGUUUUCUGGGUUUUUGGUGUCUGGGCGUCCGGGCGAGCUUGUUCAUGUUUGGCGUUUUGCCAAGGGAAGUUUGUUCUGCGGAUCGACUGACUGUGGGAGCGGCUGACGAACAAGCAACUGUGAAGAAGCGCGGCGAAGCUUUUGGGGGAUGUGGAGGGGAUGAGUGGGUGGGUGCGGUGCUACACAGCUCAACUCGGGUCUGGAUCCACAUGGUAGGGUGGAGUGUGUUAAUGUCAACUUACUAUUGUUCUCUGUGCGGAACCUGAAACGGGAUGCUGCUGAGAGAAUAAUGCUCGUAGUAGCAAAUGGUCAUUGGGGGAUUAAUAC